UGGCAUAGGAAGCAUAUCCUUCAAAAAAUCUGAACGUGGUCAGUAGCAGCCUCAACUUCGUAACGAAAGGUGGUCAAACGAUGAUGGCGUGGAUGUUAGGGAUGUUAAAACGUAUAAACGUCGUUUACCUUCACUUGGUCGUGACUUCAAAAAAUUAUAUCGGUUUGACGAAGCAAAUAUUUUUAGUUGAGAAUGAGGAAACUCAGGCAGGAGCACUUUCAUGUAUUCAUAAAAUGAAGAUAUGUCAUGCGCUAUCUCGGUGACCCUGGAUAUUAACAAGGUAUUGGACAGGAGCUUGGUGUUAGUCAAGCAACGGUAUCUCGGACUGUGAAUAGAGUUGUGCACAGUAGAACGAAUGGAUCAAGUUUCCUGCUACCAACCAUGAACUGAUGGAGGCCAAGCGGAU